AUGUCACUUGAGCUACCGUUCUCGCUCAGUUGUUUAUCUUUGGCUAUUGUUGGAAUUUACCUGAACGCGUGUUUCCUGCGAUCUUCUCAUCGAUCUACUGUGUUUCCGAGGUUUUGUUGCAAGCAGAUAAGAUUCUUAUCAGCCAUGCAAAUUGUUCUUGCUGCAUCAAAUAUCGUGGCUAUAGGAUCCAUGUUGUUUUUCCGAACUAAUCGAACAAAGAAGUCCGAGUCGUUCUUUUCAACGACUUUAUCCGCUACUCGAGCCGUGCCUCAGUUGACAGUUUUAUGGACUACUCUGGAACGGGUUAUGUUCAAAAUGGGGCCGUGUCUUCGAGAUAAUCCAAAGUUCAGACAUACCGCUUUUUAUAGGAUCUUCCAAAUAUUUUUUUCUACGAUUGCGGAGAUAGUUAUUCGGACUGCGUUCAUGAAUACGGAAGAGCAGAUCGAGAUCUCCGCAAAUAAUAGCCUCAUUGAAAUGUCGAAUAGUGAGGAGUUGUUCAUCAAAAGUACACUCAUCUCAAAUGUUUAUUUUGAUUAUUAUCAUGGGAUAAUAUUCAUUCCAUGUUUGGCAAUAGCCGUAAUGAUGUUCAAUUCCGCUAGAGCCUCCCAUGCACGUGCUGGUCUACUGGGAGGAAUGAGAAAUGAUUCAAAGAUUCAAAAUCUAUCGGGACAGAUGAAAUUCUUCAAGAGGUCAUACAUCCCUCUGUAUUUCACAUGUCUAUCUGAUUUUCUCUUCCAAGUUAUCAUCAAAAGAGGACUGGAUCUUGAAGAUUCCAUCAUUGACUUUCUUUACAUCAAUGCUCGUUGCUAUCUUCCAAUUGCAUAUCCACUAGCACUAAUUGCUCUAAACAAAAACCUCAGAGCCGACUAUUUCGCAAACAUUAUCCUCUGUAGAAAAGCUAGAAAUCUUCACAAAGAAUCCAAAGUGAAAGUUAUAGCUACAAAAGAGUCUCAAGAAUCAAUCAUAGCAAAUCUAAAGAUGAUUGGGAUUCUUAGUGACGUGGAUACCUCUCAGGGAGGUCCUUCUGCAGCUGGUCUUGCCAUGAUGGGAAUGGGACCAGGAAUCGGAAGACCUACUAGCUCAAUAGGUGGCAUCCAAAGAGUGUCUAUUUCAAAAGACCCAACGUCUAUAACAUCUGUGACAAGUAUGGCGAAUACUAGUGUGACAUCAAUGGGAGGCCCAUCUAAUAUGAUGAUGUUCCAUACGAGACCCAAGAGUUCAGUACCAUCCAUGGGAUCAGUUGGAUAA